AGAGAGAGAGAGAGAGAGAGAGAGAGAGAAGAAUGGAGUUUGUAGCAGCCAUUUUCGUGAAAGUGUUAGAUUUCGUGGUAAAACCAGUUACUCGAAAAGUGUUAGAUGUCAUGGUAGAACCAGUUAUUCGACAACUGGGUUACCUUUACUACUACAGAGACAACGUUCAGGAGCUGGAUCGUUGUGCAGAGGCGCUCCAAGGUCGGAAACAGACAUUGGAAAAUCGAGUUCGGACUGCUGAAGGAAAGGGGGAGGACAUUCCCGAUGAAGUUAAACGGUUGGAGGAGAUGGAUAAGCUAAUUAGAGAAGUAGAGGAGUUUAAAAGAGAUGAAGGCCACCGAAAGACGGGGUUCCGCAAUGGUUGCUUUCCUAAUAACUUGAGGUUAAGGCAUAAGCUUGGCAGAAAAGCAAAGAAGCUGUGCACUAAUCUGCAGCAACAGCUAAAGCCUGAUGAAUAUCGUCCAGAUCUAGAAGCAUCAAAUGUUGCCCUCUCUGAUGAGGAUUAUGAGCCAUUUAAAUCAAGAGAUGCCAUUCUGGAGGAUGUUAUGCGAGCAUUGAGAAAUCCUGCAAUUAAAAUGAUCGGUAUCUCGGGACAGGGAGGUGUUGGCAAAACCAGUUUAGUGAAAGCAAUUGGAAGGGAAGCUAAAGCAGAAAAGCUAUUCAAUGUUGUGGUCAUGGUCAAUAUAACAAGCACUCCCAAUGUAAGAAAGGUUCAAGGAGAAAUGGCAGCCAUGUUGGGCUUGACAUUGGAUGAUGAGACCGAGAUUGGAAGAGCAGGUCGUUUGCGACAGAGACUGAAGAAGGAGAAGGAGAACACCCUGGUCAUCUUGGAUGAUCUUUGGGCUAGAUUUGACUUGAGUAUGUUGGGGAUUCUGUCUGAAGAUGAUGAUCCCGGCCAAAUGAGAGUCAGAGAGAUGCCUAAUGUUGGCCACAACCAGAUGACAGACGACAAAAUGGCAGGUGAGAUGCCUAAUGUUGGUCACAACCAGAUGACAGAUGACAAAAUGGAAAGUGAUUCCAAAGGCUACAAGAUUUUGUUGACUUCUCGAAGCAGAGACGUGUUGUCAAGUGAAAUGGGAGUAAAGGAUUCAAUUUUUACUGUGGAUGUCAUGAAGCAAGAGGAAUCAGAGGAGCUGUUCAACAAGGUGGCUGGAAUAACUAAUGAAGAUUAUGAGUUGAAAUUAUUAUCAACUAAAAUUGUUCAGAAAUGUGCGAAUUUGCCCUUGGCAAUAGUUGCUGUUGGAAAAGCUUUAAAGAUUAACAAGGACAAAGAUGCUUGGGAAAAUGCUCUACAACGAUUGGAAAAGCAAGAAUUAGAACCUGUUAAAUUUUCGGACAAGGUUGUUUUUGCAUCUUGUCAACAUUUGAGACUUUGUUGUUAUCCUGAGCUAGAGCAGCAGCUAUGGCAGGGGAAAGUUUUCCCACCAGACAACUGCUUUAACAAUCUAAGAACACUGAUAGUGGAGAAUUGUUCCUUUCUGUCACAAGUGUUCCCUUCAAACUUACUUCCUUACUUUAAGAACUUGGAGGAGUUGGAGGUAAGUUGGAGUCCAGUGGAGGUUAUUUUUGAUAUGGAUGGCAACAGGUUGACAGAAACAAAUGGAAAGCCCUUUCAUUUGAGAAGAAUGAUUUUAAAGAGCUUGCCGAAUUUGAAGUGUAUAUGGAGCAAAGAUCCUUGUGGCACUAUAAGUUUUCCAAAUCUGAAAGAAAUGGUUGUUAUUGACUGUACGGGUAUAAAAACUGUUUUUCUGGCAUCUGUGGGAAAAAAUCUUGUGAGGCUCCAAAAACUUGAAAUAGGCCUAUGUGAUGGCUUGGAAGAAAUAUUUGGAAAGGAAGAAGCAGAAGCGGAUGGAGUCAGUAGAAAAUUUGAAUUCCGUUACUUAGCCUCUUUGAAUCUGCAUGGUUUACCGAGCCUCAAGUUUUUUUAUCCUGGAAGAUAUACUCUCGAGUGUCCCAACUUGGAGAGGCUACACGUGUUUGAUUGCAAUAAGCUGGAUGCAUUCGCAUUAGAUUUUCCGAGUCAUCGAGGAGAAGUAGGAUGUGAGGAUGAAGCUGAUAUUACAACUGACAGGCAACCUCUUUUCCUGGAUGAAAAGGUUAUUCCGAACUUGGGCGCAUUAACCCUCAAUGGGAAAGACGUGAUGAUGUUAUCACAUGAAAAUUUUCUUGAUGACCUGCUUCACAAGCUGAAAUACCUGGGUCUGUACUUUGGUGAUUCCCAUGAAGCAGGAGCUACUCUGCCUUUUAAAUUCUUUCACAAGGUGCCUAAUUUAGAAUCUCUUGGUAUAAGAAGUUUCAAUGAACUGGAUGAGAUGUUCCCCUCCCAAAGACCUGAAGAUAUUGAUCAUGUCAUCAAUAUACUUACGCAAGUGGAAGAAUUAUCCAUGCAUUGUUUGCCAAUGCUCUCCUCCAUUGGAUUACAUAAUUCCUGGGUGGACCCACUUCACAAGAAUCUGAGAGUCCUGGACAUAUAUGAUUGUCCUCGUUUGACUAUUCUGGUGCCUUCAUCUGCGGUAUCCUUUUGCAAUUUGAAACGAUUGGAAAUAAGGGGAUGCCAUGGGUUAGUUUCUCUGUUCUCAUCUUCAGUAGCCAGAAGUUUGGUGCGACUUGAAAGAAUGGAGAUAACUGAUUGUAGAUCAAUAGCACAAAUAGUGAAUCAUGGGAGCGGUGAGUCAACUCCAGAAGAGAUGAUUUUUGAACGGCUUACAUUUAUAACUAUGAGUCAGUUACCAAGGCUGGUGUGUUUUUAUUCGGGGAAUGCCACUUUAGAAUUCUCAGCUCUGAGAGAAGCGACCAUAGAACAAUGCCCGAAGAUGAAAUGUUUCUCUCAAGGAGCAGUAAGGGCGCCCUACUUUGUAGGAAUAAGAGCUCCAAGGGACGGAGUUGCUUGGCACAGCUACAGUGAUCUCAACACAACAGUGCAGAAAUUGUUUGACGAGAAGCGGGCACAAUUUGCACGUGAUGUCCAGCAAAUGAAUCUCAAAGAUCAUUGUGAGCUUGAAGAUAUAUGGCUUGAUAAAAUGGCAGUCCCUGAUGGAGGGUUCAAUCGGUUGAAGACUUUGACAGUGGAUAGUUGCGAUUUCUUAUCAAAGAAUGUGAUCCCUUUUCACUUGCUUGGCUUCCUUUGUAACUUGGAAGUUUUAGAAGUACGAAAUUGUGGUUCUGUAAAGGCAAUAUUUGAGGUGGGAUCCCUGUCUUCCCCAUUCUCCUUUCUCUUGAAAACACUUACCUUGGAACGUCUCUCUAGUCUGGAGAAUGUUUGGAAUAAUCAUGAAUUUCUCAGCUUCCAAUCUUUGCAACGUAUGUCUGUUAAUGAAUGUAGAAGGCUCAAGAGCUUAUUUCCAGCAUCAAUGGCUGCACCAGGCAAACUUGCAAAUGUUGAAAAUCUAAUAGUGGAAAAUUGUGAGGAAUUAGUAGAAAUUGUUGCCAAGGACGAAACAACUCCAAGAGGAGCACCUUCAAACUCAAUUCUAUUUCCCAGCUUAACCAUGUUGGAGCUAAGCAGAUUGCCAAAGCUCAAGUGCAUCUAUUCAGGGCAAAAUAUUCUGGAAUGGCCCAAGUUACAAAAAUUGGUUGUAUAUCAGUGCAGUUUGCUAAAGAAUUUCCCAGCAUUGGGUCAAGAUCAUUUUCCAGUUGAUGCGGAAAAGGUUUUUCCCAACCUUGAGCAUCUUUCACUUAGCGGGGAAAACAUCUUGCAUACUUGGCAAGCCCCGAUUAAGGCAAAGCUUCUUCAAAGAGUGAAAUUUCUGGAAUUGAAAUUCCAUGGUUUUGAUUAUGAUAAAUUUCCAUAUGGAUUUUUCCAAAAGGAAUUACUACCCCAUGUAAAAAAGCUUCAAGUGUCUGGGGGUAACUUCAAAGAGAUAUUUACCUCUGAAAUAUCAAAUAUGGAAGGCAAUGGUGAUAUGGUCUUUGCUGAAUUGAAAAUUUUAGAAUUAUUGUAUCUGUCGAAGCUCAAUUUAAUCGGGCUGGAGCACACCCCUCUACCUAGACACCUAGAAAUGUUGAAAGUGGAUUAUUGUGAUUGUUUGAUCAACUUGGCACCAUCUACUGUGGCUUUCUCAAAUUUAAGGGGUCUACAUGUGAGUAAUUGCAUGGCAUUGCAAUAUUUGUUCACAUCCUCAACGGCAAAAAGUUUUACUUUACUUGAAGAGUUAACAGUAAGUUCAUGUGGAUCAAUACAACACAUAGUGGGUGAAGGAGGAAAUGAAUCAGGUGCAGAUGAAAUUACAUUCAGGAAACUCAAAACAUUGUCUCUUUCUGAUUUGCAUAGUCUUGGAAGCUUUCUAGGAGGAAAUUGUACUCUUAACAUCCCAUCAUUGGAACUUGUGACUGUUCAUGAGUGUCCGAGAAUGAAAAUUUUUUCCCAUGGAGAUAUAAAUGCAUCUCAGCUUGUACAAGUUUCAGCCAAUCCUCUUGAUACGCACCAAAAUUCUCAUCCAGACUAUAGUGGCAAGGAUCUAAAUGCCUCGAUUAUUUAUUUACAGCGGGCACAAUUUGCACGUGAUGUGCAGCAAAUGAAUCUCAGAGAUCAUUUUGAGCUUGCAGAUAUAUGGCUUGAUAAAGUGGCAGUCCCUGAUGGAGGGUUCAAUCGGUUGAAGACUUUGACAGUGGAUAGUGUCUAUUUCUUAUCAAAGAAUGUGAUCCCUUUUCACUUGCUUGGCUUCCUUUGUAACUUGGAAGUUUUAGAAGUACGAAAUUGUGGUUUGGUAAAGGCAAUAUUUGAGGUGGGAUCCCUGUCUUCCCCAUUCUCCUUUCUCUUGAAAACAUUGACCUUAGAACGUCUCUCUAGUCUGGAGAAUGUUUGGAAUAAUGAGGACCCUCAUGAAUUUCCCAGCUUCCAAUCUUUGCAAGGUGUGUCUGUUAAGGAAUGUAUAAGGCUCAAGAGCUUAUUUCCAGCAUCAAUGGCUGCACCAGGCAAACUUGUAAAUGUUGAAAAUCUAAAAGUGGAUCGUUGUGUGGAAUUAGUAGAAAUUGUUGGCAAGGACGAAACAACUCCAAGAGGAGCAACUUCAAACUCAAUUCUAUUUCCCAGCUUAACCAUGUUGGAGCUAAGCAGAUUGCCAAAGCUCAAGUGCAUCUAUUCAGGGCAAAAUAUUCUGGAAUGGCCCAAGUUACAAAAAUUGGUUGUAUAUCAGUGCAGUUUGCUAAAGAAUUUCCCAGCAUUGGGUCAAGAUCAUUUUCCAGUUGAUGCGGAAAAGGUUUUUCCCAACCUUGAGCAUCUUUCACUUAGCGGGGAAAACAUCUUGCAUACUUGGCAAGCCCCGAUUAAGGCAAAGCUUCUUCAAAGAGUGAAAUUUCUGGAAUUGAAAUUCUAUGGUUUUGAUUAUGAUAAAUUUCCAUAUGGAUUUUUCCAAAAGGAAUUGCUACCCAAUGUAGAAAAGCUUCAUGUGUCGGGGGGUAACUUCAAAGAGAUAUUUACCUCUGAAAUAUCAAAUAUGGAAGGCAAUGGUGAUAUGGUCUUUGCUGAAUUGAAAAUUUUAGAAUUAAUGUAUCAGUCGAAGCUCAAUUUAAUCGGGCUGGAGCACACCCCUCUACCUAGACACCUAGAAAUGUUGAAAGUGGAUUAUUGUGAUUGUUUGAUCAACUUGGCACCAUCUACUGUGGCUUUCUCAAAUUUAAGGGGUCUACAUGUGAGUAAUUGCAUGGCAUUGCAAUAUUUGUUCACAUCCUCAACGGCAAAAAGUUUUACUUUACUUGAAGAGUUAACAGUAAGUUCAUGUGGAUCAAUACAACACAUAGUGGGUGAAGGAGGAAAUGAAUCAGGUACAGAUGAAAUUACAUUCAGGAAACUCAAAACAUUGUCUCUUUCUGAUUUGAAUAGUCUUGGAAGCUUUCAAAGAGGAAAUUCUCCUCUGAACUUCCCAUCAUUGGAACUUAUGAUUGUUCAUGAGUGUCCGAGAAUGAAAAUUUUUUCCCAUGGAGUUAUAAAUGCAUCUGAGCUUGUACAAGUUUCAGCCAAUCCUCUUGAUACGCGCCAAAAUUCUCGUCCAGAGUAUAGUGGCAGGGAUCUAAAUGUCGGGAUUUUUUAUUUACGGCUUGCAAACCGUGCACAAGACGAAUAUCUGGAGCUUUGAGAUAACCCGGAGCUACUGGAAGUAUGGCAGUGUGUUGUGCCAGUCCCAGAUAGAGAGGCUUUUGUAACUUGACGGAUCUGACAGUGGAUGGUUGCCAAUCUUUGACACAUGCAAUUCCCUCUCACUUGGUUCCCUUCCUCUGUAGCUUGAAAUGGUUAACAGUACGAGAUUGCAACGCUGUCAAGGCAAUAGUUGAUGUGGGUCCCAUGUCCACGCCUUUCUCCUUUGCACUGGAAACAUUGACGUUGGAACAAUUACCCAAUCUGGAACAUGUUUGGAACGAGGAUCCUAAUCAAAUUCUCAGCUUCCAAUGUUUGCAGGAACUGUGUAUUGAUGGGUGCAGUGGCCUCAAAAGCUUGUUUCCAGCAUCAAUGGCCCAAGGCAAACUUGAAAGCCUCAGGGAACUAAAAGUGAAAAAUUGUGAACAAUUAGUAGAAAUUGUAGCCGGGUAUGAAACAAUCUCAGGAGGAGCAACUUCAAACUCAAUUAUCUUUGCUGGCCUAACCAUGCUGAAACUCCAUCCAUUGCCAAAGCUCAAGUGCAUCCAUCCAUCAGUAGACAAUUUGGAAUGGCCCAAGUUAGAAAAAUUACUUGUCUAUCAAUGUGGUCAGCUGAAGAAUUUCCCACCAUUAGGUCAAGAUUAUUUUGCAAAAGACACAAAAGCCACUAUCUCACAUUAGAAAAGGUUUUUCUCAACCUAAAGCAAUUGUCACUCAGCAAGAAACACAUCAUGCAAAUUUGGCAAUCUCCAUUCUAGGCAAAGCUUCUUCAGAGAGUGAAAUCUCUCAAAUUGAAAUUCUUUAAUGAUGAUUCACAUGAAUUUCCAUUUGGAUUUUUCCAGAAGGAAUCGUUGCCCCAUUUAGAAGAGCUUGGAUUGUCUCGUAGUAACUUCGAAGAGUUAUUCACCUCUAAAAGUUCUGAUCUGGAUGGCUAUUUUGUUGUGUUCUUUUCACAACUAAAGACCUUAAAAUUGAGUUCUCUGUCACAAAGCUAAGGGGUCUGACUAUAACGAAAUGUGAUAGAUUAGUAUAUUUGUUCACAUCUUCAACUGCAAAAAGUUAUCUCUACUCAAAAAGUUGUCCGUAUGGAAUUGUGAAUCAAUGCAACAAAUAGUUGCUAAAGGAGAUGAAUCGGGUCAAGACGUGAUAACAUUUGAGAAUCUCAAAGAAUUGUUUAUCAGCGAUCUUCCAAGACUUGAUAGCUUUUACCCGGGGACUUGCAAUUUGAAAUUCCCUUCCUUGGAACAAGUUUCAAUAUUCGACUGCUCUCAGAUGAAGGUUUCUCUCAUGCUGAUAUAUAUGCACCGGAUAAUGUGACUAUUGAUUAUCUUUUGGAUAAUAAUCUUAGAGCUAUGCUGGAGAAGGCCUUCAAGAAGGCAGCCUGAUGAGUUAUUACAAAUGAGAAAUUUUGCACUGUUAUCGAAAUCAUCUUUUACAAGACAAGCUUAUUUUGGUUCUGCUCCUCAGUCACACCGCUUUAAAGUAAAUACAGUAAGUGAUGCUAGCUACUGUAUAUAGUGUAGAUUAGCUAGAGAAGAAAUAAUAACUCAAAAUAAAAUCUUUGAUUAGUGUAUAUAUUAUUACUCUUUGAAGUUAUGCAGGUUGAGGGAGAUUGGAAUCGUCCUUGUCAUUUUCCUUGGGUUGAUGAUGUAGAAAUUGAAGACUAGGUUUGUGUGGAUUCUCAGUUCCAGAUUGUAAGUUGUAAAAUAUUCAGAGAUGAAAACUUACUGAAUUCCAAUUUGAGGUGGUGACCUUUAUAUUUGAAUCAGAAGGAACUCUGGACAAAUUGUUUGAAUGACAUUGAUAAGAAAACGAACGCUUGUCAGUUGAGAAUGUGUGUGCUUUUUAAGAUAUUUUUGGAUGAGAGUUCAUGGAUGA